GAGAUAUCAAAGGCCCCUCAAAAACAACAUUCAUUGUUUAAAUUUUGCCAUCAUAGCACUGUCUGUUCUUGGCCACUCAUUUUCAACAUUCUGUUUGUUUUGUGGGAAGUUACACUCUGUGGACAUGCCUAAGCACUCAUUUGUCUUCACCUCGGUAGCUGCUAACCUUUAGUUGUAUUAUCUACAUUCAUUAUUUUAUACAUAGUACUUCGAGACAUUCGAGGGUUCGAGGAAGGCAUCCCAGUGCAUGACUGUCGGAUAGACUUCCUUUCCUCUUGACACCACAAAGAACCAAAUGGCAUAUGAGCUGAAAGCCAAAGGCAAUGCGCGCUUUAAGGAUGGUGAUUUCUCCGGGGCUGAAGACCUCUACUCGCAAGCCAUUCAGAAGAAUUCCAACGACCCUUCUUUCUACAAUAACCGCGCCCUAGUCCGAAUCAAGCUCGAAAAGUGGGAGGGCGCUGAACAUGAUGCGCGCAUCGCUAUAGAUCUCUACGGUCCAAAGAACCCCGCCGCCAUCAAAUCAAACUACUACCUCUCCCAAUCCCUUCUCGGCCUCCAACGGCCAACUGAAGCCCGCGAUGUGGCCCUGGCGGCUUACAAGGCUAGUAUAGAAACGAAGAACCCAAAUGCGGAACCGCUAUCGAAGGUCAUACUGCACGCCAAGCAAGCUAUAUGGGCGGCAAAGGAGACAACGCGAUUACGGGAUCAGAAUGAGGCAUUGAGGAAAUGGGAGGAGUUACUUCAGGCCGAUUAUGAAAAGGAACUAGCCGAGUUGCGCGCGAGAUUGGCCGCCGGGGAGAUUGGGCAGAUCGGGUUCGAAGAGGAUAAGAAGGAUUUGUUGGACGACACACAGAAGAGAUUGAAUAUUAUGAGGGAUGUGUUUGCUGCCUCGGUGGGUGAGGAUAUGAAGGAACGGGUCGUCCCUGAUUAUCUCAUAGACAGCAUCUCAUUUGAAAUAAUGCACGAUCCUGUCGUCACCCCAUCAGGCCACUCUUUCGAACGCACUAGCAUCCUAAAACAUAUCCAGCACUCCCCCGUGGACCCCAUUACCCGGGUACCCAUGACUAUCAACGAUAUCCGGCCAAACUAUGCCCUAAAAGCCGCUUGUGAUGAUUUCUUGGCCAAAAACGGCUGGGCCGUUGACUGGUGAGCGUGACACACUUUUGAAACGAUUUUACUUUUUACUUUUUCUUUUUUUCUACUGCAGCAGCAUGAUAUCAUAUUCUUUAACAUUGGUACGAUACCUAGAUUCAUUUCCUUUUUCUAUUCUUUACGGGAAAUUGCAAGUACUGGAAAAAUCUGCUUUUGGAAUGCUGGCUCACCUCCCUGGUGGUCAUCGAUUUUAAAAAUCUAACACUCCCUAUUGUAUUCCAACAAUUCGGAAAUUCAGCAGCUUCCUUUUAACUUUUCUCCAUUUCCCCCCUUUACAUGGUCUACGAAUAACCGUGAUUAUUCUUUCCCCUUAUAUUUACCUUUGGCACAAGCGUGCUUGUGCUUUCCUAGCAUCAUUUGGCGUAUAACGACGGUUAUGGUUGUUUGAUAGAAUAAUAUUCUAGCGCUUGCGGUUUUUGGUAUUACUCAUACGCUCCCAGAUAUCCUUUCUUUUCGCUUUCUUUCCCUUUCUUCUUUUUUCAAUUCGUCUUUUUAUGAACAAUGAUGAAUGAAUGAACCAUGACGUAAAAAGCCUGACCUCCCUAUUCUUACUCAAGCUUCUCGAACGAAUGAAGCAAAAUAUUGCUCAUUUCUCUUCUGCUUUCCAUUAUCCAGUACAGAGGAAACUAAAUCCACUCUCCGCGUAAUCAAUUAAUUCCAAUCCUUAUCCCUAUAUGUACAUACAUAUAUAAAGGGCGCCUGGGUGAUAUGACCUCAUCCCAUUGAAAAGUCCCGGCUUACUCAGCUGACUGCCCCGCUCCGCG